UUCGCCUUGACCUUCAAGAGCUUGAGAAACAAUACGAAAAGACUGAAGAAGAUAUUAAAGCUCUACAAAGUGUAGGCCAAAUUAUAGGAGAGGUUCUGAAGCAGUUGGACGAAGAGCGCUUCAUCGUCAAGGCCUCAUCUGGUCCACGCUAUGUCGUUGGAUGUCGAAAUAAAGUAAAUAAAGAAAAGCUCAAACAGGGCACGCGUGUCGCUUUGGACAUGACAACUUUAACUAUCAUGCGGAUGCUGCCCAGAGAAAUAGCAAGUGUUAUUUCUAUUCGCAGGCUGUCCAGAAACUCCAAGUGA